AUGUCCUCCGCGUCAGACGCGUCGCGUUCCGAGCGCGGUCGAUGGGCGAGCCAGAGCGAAGAAGCGCGCCCCGCGUGGGUCGCCGACGUCAACGCCGAUGAACGGAGGAAGAAGUACGCGCUGAGCGAGGAGGAGUACGCGAACAAGAUGGCGAGUCGAGUGUCGAAACACCUUCGAGAAGUUCGUCUGGAAAAGUAUGCGCAGUUUGAGGAUGAGCUCGAACGUCUCACGGCUGACGGCAGUGCGAGCGACAGCGGUGAAGACACUCCAAGAGAUUGCGACGGAGACCACGCUGAGGGAUUCGAUUUAGACAUGGCUCUAUUCUGGGCUCGACGCCGCGCGGACGCCGUUCGAGCUACGGAGUUGAGGAGCGCAAACGCGAUCGAGGAGGCUGAGAGAGAGAGUAGAGCGACUCGCGCUGAGACAGAGUCCGAGGCGCUUCGUCGUGCACUGUCGCGUGAAAAGUCUCUGAACGAUCGAUUGACCGCCGAACUAGAGAAGAAAAUGAAGGAAAUCGAACGACUUCGCUCGCAGCUGGCUAAGGCGAGAUUAUUCAAUCCAGAGAGAGAAUCUCCACAGCGCGAGUUUUCUGCUCAAUACCGACAAGCUAGAAAUAGAAAACUUGAGGACGACUUGCCACUCUUCACCCAACUUCGACGGUCGUCCGGCGACACGUGGUUCACGAGAAGGACUUCUCGGUACUAG